AUGACCGCGCCCACCGGAGCCCAAGAUGCCGUUCUCAAACCUUCCGACCCUGUGCCUGAAGGAGCCGUUCCUGUAGUAGGACUCGACUUUGACAAGUUCGCCGACCGCAAUAUCACAGUGGCCGAAAUGGUGGAAAGCAUGACCAAUAUGGGCUUCCAGGCAACAUCAGUGGGGCAAGCGACACAGAUCAUCAAUGGAAUGCGUGAGUGGCGCGAUGAAGAGACGGGACAAGGCACGACUAUAUUCCUUGGAUACACAUCAAAUCUCAUCUCAUCGGGUCUUCGAGAGACGUUGCGAUGGUUGGUUCAGCACAAGCACGUUUCGGCCAUUGUAACGACUGCUGGAGGUGUUGAAGAAGACUUCAUCAAGUGUCUGGCACCAACAUAUCUGGGUGCUUUCUCUACCCCUGGCGCGUCACUCAGGGCCAAAGGCAUGAACAGAAUUGGCAACCUUGUUGUACCGAACAGCAACUACUGUGCAUUCGAGGAUUGGGUAGUGCCGAUCUUUGAUAAGAUGUUGGAAGAACAAGAAGCGUCAAAAGACACAGAGGAGCCCAUCAACUGGACUCCUAGCAAGAUGAUCAAUAGACUCGGCAAGGAGAUCAACGACGAGCGCUCGGUAUACUACUGGGCAUGGAAGAACGAUAUCCCCGUCUUCUGUCCUGCUCUAACAGAUGGUAGUCUGGGUGACAUGCUGUACUUCCACACAUUCAAGGCUUCCCCACUACAACUACGUGUCGACAUUGUGGAAGAUAUCCGCAAGAUCAACACAAUCGCAGUAAGAGCCAAGCGCGCAGGAAUGAUCAUCUUGGGUGGAGGAAUAGUCAAACACCACAUCGCCAAUGCGUGCCUCAUGCGCAAUGGAGCAGAGAGUGCAGUCAUCAUCAACACAGCCAACGAGUUUGACGGAAGUGACGCUGGUGCACGACCAGACGAAGCCGUCAGCUGGGGCAAGAUCAAGGUCGACGGCGACAGCGUCAAGGUCUACGCCGAGGCGACAGUCGUGUUCCCUAUGAUCGUUGCAUCCACAUUCGCCAAGGUGGCUUGA